AUGGAGCAAGCGGUGGUUGAUGGUCUUCUCAACCUCUGUCUAACAAGAGAGGAGGAGGAGGAAAUAAAUAUCACAACGUGCUAUAGAUCAAAUCUGUUAGAAGAGUGUUCAUUGAGCCUUUUCGGCAAACUUCUGUCGAAUAGACAACAGAAUCAAAGGGCGCUGAAAAAUACUCUGAGAUUGGCUUGGAAAAUGGGUUCCGAUUUACAAAUUGUAGACGUCGGACAUGAUGUUCUGCAGUUUAAGUUUGGCUCAGAAUACCAACUCAAAUGGGUUGAGAAAAAUGGCCCAUGGAAUUUCGAAAACAACCCCUUAAUACUAAGCAGAUGGAGAAAAGGAUUGACAGCAUCCAAUAUCGAUUUUUCGCACUCUCCAUUUUGGGUUCAGGUUUGGGGGCUCCCAUUUGAAAUGAUGGAUGAUGAAGUGGGAAAGGAGCUUGGAAAUAGUUUGGGAAAGUUCAUAGAGUCGGAUAAAAGAUUUGGGCAAGCGGAUCAAGCGAAGUUUAUGAGGAUUAGAGUCAAUCUUCCGCUGGAAAAGCCUCUCUGA